UCUCUACAUAUUGAACCUUGUGCAACCACAGAUGAUUAUGCUUCUCAAUUGCUUCAAGCCAGAUGGCUCAUCUGCGCCAUGAAUCUUUCUGAAGAUGUGCACUCUUCCUUGGAUUUCAGACCAGGAGGCCCUCAAUCUUCCCAGAGAUUUGGAGCACCAGUGGCAGUCAACUCUUCCAAGUUUCGCAGCUUUGACAGGGAAGAUAGACUCCUUUAUUGAGCCCAGGCAAUGCAAAGCCAGUUGAACUAACUCCUCCAUAGACUCGAGCCAAUCCACCCUUGGUUCCAUGUCAUGUGGGCCUUAGCAAUCCCCGAAUCACUAAGAUGAAAUACAC